UUAGGGCGCCAUGUUUCAAUGCACAGGCGCUUUUUAUCGAAAUCUAUGCCGCAGUAUCGAUUUUAGUCCCCAUCAAACGAGUUUUAACGUCUGUGACGGACGAGCAAACGUUUGCUGACGCUUUAUUACUUUAUUAGGCGUGUUAUAUCAAUACUGUUGCGGAGUGUGUGUGUGUGUUUGUCUCAGAGACGCUGCAAUGUAUCGCAUAGAAACGGUUCACCUGGGAUUAUUGUGUCACUUCAGGGCUGUGGAGACUUUAUAAAAGCUUUAAAGACCAGCAGGAUGUCUAUUGAUUUUGACAGUGCAGCUUUACAGACCCAGCAGGAGGAAGAGGAGUAUGAUCAGGAAGACUUCGCCAGAGAGCAAGAGCUCCACAAGCUCCUGACUGAUCUCCCUGAUGAUAUGCUAGAUGACAGCGCCGACUGCUCCUCACCUGAGCUCGAACGCUCCACCUGCAGUCGCCCAGAAGACAGCAACAGACAGCAGCAUGCCUGGAAUGUGCCACAGUGGGAGCAUCCAAGACCUUCUUCACAUGAGGAACACUAUGAGGAGUACGAUCAAGGCUCUUACCGUGAAGACUACAGCUAUAGGAGUCACACGUCUCAGACCAGCAGUCACCCUCAUCACCUCCAGACCGGGACAGAGCAUCAUUUACCCACCGGCUGGGACCAGCAGAACAGACAGAACUAUCAGUACCAGAACGGAGACUAUGCACACUCAUCCGCAGGCACGGAUGAGUCCCACGCCACUGAUUUCUCUUCUGGGGACGGGGCAGAACUGGACGUGUACCCUAAUAAUCCCGAGGCAGGCUAUCAUGGAGACGAGGCACAAGCCCAUGGAGAGCAUAACGACAUCAGACACCACAUUCAGGUGUUUGAUAACGGAGGAACUGGGAACAAACCCACUGGCCACUACAAGGCCAGUUACCAUCCACAUCAACCUUCAAACCAGCCCAAGAUGUUCAAUCCUCAAGUGACUAAACAGAAUGGCCACUUCGACCAGAUUCAGAGAGACUUCCUGGACUCAACACAGAAUACAGCAGACGGUCAGCAGUUGGCUCAGCUUCAGAUUUUAAACAGAGCUCAGUCCAGACAGAUCGAGGAGCUGGAACAGAAACUAGAGGACUGCAGGAGGAGGAUGAGAUAUCUGGAGCACCAGUUCACCAUCGUCAAAGAUGAGAAAGACGGUCUGACUGUAUCCCUGAAGGAGUCCAGUGCACUAGUGGAGGAGGCCAAAGAGAGAGAAGCACAGCUGCAGGGGAUAGUCAGAUCUCUGGAGAAACAGAUCCAGUCUCUCACAGACCGAGAGCAAGAGAGCGUAAAGCAGCAGCGCGUGGCCGAGGCGGCCAUGGACAGCAUGAAGCAGCAGAUGAUGGAUCUGUGUCGCUCAGACACUCUGACACGAGCGCGCGAGCAGCACGACAGAGACAUGGCCGCCAUCCGGGAGCAGCACGAAGACAGACUGCUCACCCUUCAGCAGAAGCUAGACGCACAAUCACAGAGUCUGAACGAGCAGGCGGAGGCGGGCCGGCGGCUGCUGGAUCAGGUCCGGCUGCUGGAGCGUCAGAGGGAAGAGGAUCAGGUGGACAGAGCCACCGUCAUCAACACCCUCACACAGCGCCUGGAGGAGAGCCAGCAACAGUGUGCCAAACUGCUCCAAACUGGCUCUAUUCAAGAGAUGAGUCAGUUACAGCUGAAGCUCCAGCAGGCCCAGUCUGCCCGCGCUAUCAGCGAAGACCUCAGCAAAGCCCUGCAGGAGGAGCUGACUGAACUGAAGGAGCAGAUAAAUCUGUACGAGUCUGCCAUUAAACAUGGAGCCCUGGAGUCUAAUGGAGACUGGGAGAACCAGCUGUCUGAGUCCUACAUGGACCUGGGCAUCAAGAAGUCCAAGUGGAGAAAUGGACGAAUCCACAGCAAACCUCCUAUUGCUGAAGCAGGAGACUCUAACCUGCUGAAGGAGGAUAUCGUGCGAGAGCUCAAAAGCGAGCUGCAGCGCUGCCUGAGUCACCUGAAGAGCAAGCGUCUGAAGAUAUCUGAGCUGCAGGAGGAGCUGCGACGCUCCCAGAGCAGAGCAGAAGAGCUGCAGACACAGCUGGAGCAGGCUGAGAGAACCUUACAAGACUCUAAGGUGAGGGAGAGCAGCUUGGAGAAACACCUGGAAACAUCUCACUCCACUGCCGCUCCUCAGAAAGACCUCGUCAGACUGCAGGAGAAAGUGGAGGCUCUGGAGAAGAGGAAUCAGGAGCUGAAGCAGAGUGAGGAGAAGGUGAAGGCAGCCAACUCGGAGCUCUGCACCAAGAUGAGGGAGAUGAUCCAGGAGCUGGACCAGGAGAAGCAGGAAGCUGCAGAGAGGGAUGAGAGGACUCAGCGGCAGUUCAGGGAUGACGUGGUGAAUCGUGUCCGGACAGAGCUCACGCAGGAUCACACGGCUCACAUAGAGCAGCUCACCAGCCAGCAUCAGCAGCACCUCCAGCAGCUCGAGUCAAAGCUGGCUGAACUCAGUCAGGAGGUGUUAGCUGUGCAGGAAUGCUACAUUUCUGUUUGCAAAGAGAAAGACAAACUGGAGGAAAAUCUCCAAAACAAGCUUGAAGAACUGAGGGGGCUCAAAGAAAAUGAGUUGAAGAGACGAGAGGAGAACAAGGCUGCUCUGGACAGUCUAAGGUCUGAUUUAGAGCGUCAGCAUCAGGAGGACGUGUCUCAGCUCAAAGCCCAGUGGAAGACAGACACACAGGUUGAGAUCGAGCUGCAGGUCAGAGAGCAGCUGGAAACGGCCAGGAAGAGCUGGCAGCAGGAGCACGACAUGUCGGAGCAGUCCUGGGCUCAGCGGUUACAGGAGGCUGAGGAAGAGGUCAGGAAGGCCAGGCAGUCAGACACCAGCUCCUCUGGGACGGCUGCUCAGCUGAUUUCGGUGGAGGAGCUUGAGGUCCGGCUCAGCGCUCAGAAGGACACCCUGCAGCAGGAGGCUGCGACGGCACAGGCCAGAGCCGUGGAGGAAGCAGUACGAGACGCGCAGCGAGAGAUGCAGCAGAAACACACUGACGACAUCACACUCCAGGUUGAAGGUGCGAUAUCAAGGGCUCGUUCUCGAUGGCUCCAGGACUUGACCUCUCUCCCAGAAUACAAAAGCAGCCUGCGGAGCGAGAAAGAUGAAUGGGAACGACUUCAGCGGCAGCAUGUCCAGGAACAGGUGUCCUCAGCUGUGAAGGCAGUGGAGGAAAGGUUGCAGGACAAGCUCCGCACCAAAUGUGCUGAACUGGAGCUGUGUAACGUGAGAAACGGGGAGCUCCGGGAGGAAGCGCUUACCCUCGGCGCUCAACUGGAGCACUUGCGCCGGGAGCAGGCCGCCCUCGUGAAAGCAGAGCUGGCUGCAGGCCGAGACGAGGACAUGUCCCGCCUCAGGGCGCAGCUCCAGAGAGAGCAGAAGCAGAAACUACAAGCCGUCCUGGAGCAGAACCUGGAGCAAACCGACAAACAGAGAGACGCAGAGCUACAGGAGACUCUCAGAGAAAAGGAGCAGGAGUGGAGGGAUCAACAAGAGAUCAGACUGCAGGAGGAGAGGCAGCGGGUGCUGAAGGAGGUGUUCAGUGAUCUGAAGGAGGUUCUGAAGGAGGGAGAGGAGAGGAGGAGGAGUGGAGAAGAACAGAAGCUCAGCAGUGCACCAGAAACCAUCAGAUCCAGAGUCUGGGAGAUCUGCAGAGACUCUCUCAGUCAAACCCUCAACCGAGCCAAGCAGGAGUGGAAGAAGAGCAGCGAAGACAAGCUGAGACGUGUGCUGAAGGAAACCCAGGAGCGCCACGAGGCAGAGAUCGCAGGUCUGGCGGCUCAGAGGAAGCAGGGCGAAUGCACCGAGUCUCUGGCCCAACUCCAGAAGAAGAAUCAAGAGCUCCAGAGACAUCUAGAGAAGGCCUGUCGGCAGCUCCAGAGGACCGUACGAGAGCACAAGAGCACCCUGCAGAAGAUGAAAGACGAGCACAAGGGAGCCCUACAGAAGGAGCAGCAGGGUCAUCUCAAAGUCCUUGAGGAACUGAAACAAGCGUCAAAUGCAGAAGCACUUUCAAGUGCUUCAGUCGACCAACAGAAUCUUCAAGCAGGUCUUGAGGAAAUGAAGGAGCAAUACAUGAAAGCGGUGGAGAAAAUCAGAGGAGACAUGCUGCGUUACCUGCAGGAGAGUAAGGACCGGGCGGCCGAGCUGAUCAGGACCGAGGUCCUAAGGGAAAGACAGGACACAGCCAGACGUGUGCGCAGAUACUACCUCACCUGCCUGCAGGAGCUGCUGGAGGACGGAGGCCAGGCCGCAGGAGCGGAGAAGAAAAUCAUAAACGCUGCUAGCAAACUAGCUGCCAUGGCCAAAGUCCUCGAGACCCCAGUGGCUAAACGCAAGCUUUCCAGAACCCAUAUCUCUCAAGGUGGGCUUGAGAAAACGGACAUUGAAACCAGCGGUUCUCCUGCUAAAGUGCUGGGCGCCGAAGCCCUCGAGGUCGGGAAGACCAAACGGAUCCAUCAGAUCUACAACUUAACGGAUACCAACUACACAUCCAUGACAGCUCAACAGAGAGGCGUCAAAUCUAAAGCCAAUGAAGCAGUGGUAUAUGGCUCCAAAGACUCUUUUACCAUUGGUGAGGUAACUCAGAAGCACACACACUUUGCACAUGAUAGCAUUUUUAACAGCGAUAUCAAGACUCCUAAUGUCACGCUGAGAAAGCACAGCAGGGAAAUGUAUAUGGAGGGUUUAGGAGAACCGUCAUCCGUCCAGCCCUUCCUGAUCGAAGAAGCUCCCGUGCGCGAUGACGGACACAGCGACUGGAGUUUAACCAGUAAUGGCUCCGUCUUCAUCAACAACGUCCACCUGACCUCCUCCUAUCCGGAGCCUGGGAAGCCGCUCUCUGUUAACAGCGCUCUGGACUUUGGAAGCUCCAUCGGAGAUAACUCUGAUGUUACCAUAUACAAGGAGAUCGUUAAGCCUCCGUCUUACCCUCCACCCGGCGUGUGUGUGGAUAGGAAAACAAAGAAACGCAGAGAGCAAAUCCCUGGAUCUGAGGGGCAUGGUGUCUGGAAAAUAUGUCCAAAGUUGUCAGAGUUGAAAGUGCGUCAGCAGGACAGUGGGUUCGACAGCCCAUUGGCACUGCUUCAGAAAUGAAGAUUUUAUUUGUUUGUGCCUGAGCAAACAGGUUUUUUUAUAACUGUUUAUUUGUUUGUUGUUUGAGCCAGAUGUCUUUGUACUCUUUUUAGCAGUUGAACUGUCCAUGCAAUGAAUUUGUUACAUUAAAUUAAUAAAGCAAGCUUGUUUUACAUCAAACUAUUGUUCUGUUAUCUGCUGUCACCCUAGAUAUUUAGGCUAUAUUUAUUAUAUUGAAUAAAAAAAAAACCUCACUAU